AUGAGUGUCGGACGUAUGAGCCGCUACAGCAUCGUAUCCUCAGAGGAAGAUGCCCUGCGCCUGACCACAAUGCACGGUGGCAUGAACGGCUACGGCAAUGGCAAAAUCCACACCCGCAGAAAAUGCCGCAACCGCUUCGUGAGAAAAAAUGGUCAGUGCAAUGUCCAGUUUACAAACAUGGAGCAGAAAUCACUACGCUACCUCGCUGACAUCUUUACGACCUGCGUCGACAUCCGCUGGAGGUACAUGCUGAUUGUGUUCACACUGGUGUUUGUGCUGUCAUGGCUGGCAUUUGGCUUGGCCUUUUGGGUAAUUGCUCUGCUUCACGGUGACCUGGACAACCCAGCCGGGGAUGACAGCUUCACACCUUGCGUCCUGCAGGUGAACGGGUUCAUGGCGGCAUUCCUGUUCUCCAUCGAAACCCAGACAACAAUCGGUUAUGGUUUCCGGUGUGUUACAGAGGAGUGUCCAGUUGCCAUCUUUCUUGUCGUCUUUCAGUCCAUUGUGGGAAGCAUUAUUGACUGCUUCAUGGUAGGUGCCAUCAUGGCAAAAAUGGCACGCCCCAAAAAGCGCACUCAGACUCUUCUGUUUUCCAAGAACGCCUGCGUUGCUAUGAGGGACGGGAAGCUGUGCCUUAUGUGGCGAGUCGGGAAUCUCCGCAGGAGCCACAUUGUGGAAGCUCACGUGCGAGCGCUUCUUCUAAAACCGCGAGUCACGGCAGAAGGCGAGUACCUUCCGCUAGAUCAGAUGGACAUUAACGUUGGCUUCGAUCAAGGACUCGAUCGAAUUUUUCUAGUUUCGCCGCUCACCAUUUUGCAUGAAAUAGACGAGGACAGCCCGCUUUACGGAAUCAGCAAGCGGGAUCUGGAAACAGCUGACUUUGAGAUCGUGGUUAUCCUUGAGGGAAUGGUGGAGGCCACGGCCAUGACGGCGCAGGCUCGCAGCUCCUAUCUAGCCAGCGAGAUCCUGUGGGGGUAUCGGUUCGAGCCGGUUUUGUUUGAGGAGAAGAACGAGUACAAGGUGGACUACUCGCACUUUCACAAGACCUACGAAGUGCCGUCAACGCCGCACUGCAGCGCCAAGGACAUGUUCGAGAGCAAGUGCGUGCCUGCUGACAAUGCUUCAACGUUCUGCUACGAGAAUGAACUAGCGCUGAUGAACCGCGAUGAAGAAGAGGAUGAACUCACCGACAGGGAGAGAGAGGAAAGAAAAGCGCGCCAUGACUUUGAACGGAUGACGCGGCGCCAUGACCAGCGGUCAUGCAGACGAGAAUCUGAGAUAUGA